GUAAACGGCGUAAACCGCGUAGACGCGCAGAAGCCGUAGGAAGGCGGCAGUACCAGAGACGAAAAUGUCGAGCCGGGCACAGUUAUUUAUCGGCCGACUUCCUUUAGACACGCGUGAAAGGGAUGUCGAACAAGUAUUUGAGAGAUACGGGAGGCUGCUUCGUUGCGACGUUAAAUAUGGCACUGGCAUGGCCUACGCCUUCGUUGACUACGAUGACCACAGAGAUGCCGAAGAUGCGAUCAAGUAUGAGAAUGGACGAGAUAUCCGUGGCCAGAGCAUAGUGGUGGAAUGGGCUCGUGGUCCAUCGUACAGACCUUCUGGUGGUGGAAAGCAAAACUAUUUUGACGAAUGCUACCGCUGCCGGAGGACAGGACACUGGGCAAGGGAUUGUCCCGACUCUGAUCGUCACUAUGGCGGUUCAAGCAGGCGCAGUCGAAGCCCACGACGUAAUCGACGGCCUCCUCCUCGUUCACGCUACAGCCGUUCUGCGUCCAGGUCUCGAUCAAAGUCGCGUUCCAGGUCACCGAGGCGGAGCCGCCGCAGUUGGACACGCAGCCGGAGUCGCAGCCACACUCCUGAUCGCCGUAGGAGCCGCACAAGGAGUCCAUCCCCCGACCGACAGCGACGAGCUCCCACAGAAAAUGGUGACCGAAGCAGGUCAGGAAGUCCGAGGGCAGGGAGUGCUGGUUCAGGCCGUAGAGGCAGUCGGAGCAAAUCUCGUUGAAGCAUGUCUCGACCUGCUCUCAAAGUUCUUGCCGUCCCCUUCCAGUGAAAUCAUUCUUCCUCCAACUGCAAUCGCAGGCUUCCAGCUCAUUUGAAUUUCUCAUGUCUGCCUCAUGCAUUACAUUUCCGCAUUUUGUGAUGCUGUGUUCGAAAACAUCACCUGUCCAUCUUUUGUGUUUCCUCUGUGGCUCAGUUUGUACACGUUAUGGGAAGGAAGCAGUUUACGAAAUGAUUGCUUUUGAUUUGAGUCAUGUUGUCCGUGUCACCUUAGUAAUAAAACGUGGUUAGUAAUUGUGGUAUUUUGUUACGAUUUAGAGGCACUGUAAUGCAGGAAAGCCUCAAUCUCUGAAAAUUUAUUUACUGUAUUCGAAAACCUGAGCCCUUUUACUGGUUUCUGCACAUAGUUUGUUUCAGAAAAUCGAAGAAUUAUGGGGCAAAAGUGUCUCCAACUGCGCACUGCUCGUCCAGCGGCAAAACUGCAUGUGUGCGCACAACUGUCUAAAACAAAGCGGCUAUGUAGCCAUCAAGAGCAGCACACCACAGGAACAUAAUGCUUUAUAAUGGUGCCCACAAACAGCAUAUGCCUGCACAGCAGUGCACCUUCGUCCAAGCUGAGGUUUUGGAGCACCUCCUGUCUAAAGUGACUAAAACUGGGAUGAAAUAAAUCAAUGUCAUUGGUGAUAACAUUAGAAGAUGUUUGUAUUUGUCGAGACUGUGACUGUCGAGCAGCUAUGUCUUUAACAGAGAACUGUGUCGGACAGUACGGAGUGGGGCAUCAAAAUGUAAAAGGUGAUUGAUAGUCUGCAUGUAUAAUGUUUGUACAGAAAAAUUAAAACACGAUCACAGAUCACUGUUACUUGAGAAAUUUGGGAUUACUUCCCACCAGAUGUCAGACUGCAAUUUUACUAGAAAAUUAAAAAUAUUUAGCGUUCCCUCUAGC